AUUUGCUUCUCUUCAUUCAAACCCAUAAUCUACAACAAAAUCAUCGUAUACACAUUAUCUAUCCCCCCUCGAGAACCUUCUGUUCCCGAAAAUUUACUAGUAGUCAUUUCCGGGAAGAUAUGGGUCCUCGAGUCAUUCAACAUUCGUUGUUUCUUGUAUUUUUUCUUCUUCUCGGUCUAGAAUUAAGCUUUGCUGGGAAACCUCCUAUGCAAGCAACCUUACCUAAAAAAAUGCUUCAUCUUCAACAUGACCAAAUAUUCACCACCCAACUAGAUGACAUUCCCAUUGUUCAACCAACAACUCCAACCGGAACACCCAACACGUAUUCGCCGACUCCAGUUCCGCCAACCACCACCACCCCAACCGGAUCCGGAGAUCCCACCGGAUACGGAAGCCUACCACCACCAUCUGGUGCUGGUGCUGGUGCUGGUGGUGGCGGUGGUGGUGGUUUUCAACCAAAUAACCCCACUACAUCCCCAAAUGGCCCCUCAGGACCAACGGGCCCGUCUGGUCCAACAGGCCCGUCAGGUCCCACGGGCCAGACAGGACCAAAUCCAACCGGUCCUUCUGGCCCAUCAUCAUCUGGUGGUGGAUCAUGGUGUAUCGCAAGCUCAUCCGCUUCCGAAACUUCUCUACAAGUUGCUCUUGACUACGCGUGUGGCUAUGGAGGAGCCGACUGUUCCGCAAUUCAACCAGGCUCGAGUUGUUACAACCCGAACACCGUUCGGGAUCAUGCUUCUUAUGCUUUCAAUGCAUACUACCAGAAAAACCCUGCUCCAACUAGCUGCUCUUUUGGAGGAGUUGCACAACUUACCACCACAGAUCCAAGUUCAGGAAGCUGCCAGUUUCCAGCCGGCAAGUCAUCAAGCGGCAUGACUCCACCAACACCACCCAUGCCAUCCGCCCCCACCACCCCCACAAUGAGUACACCAAUCAACCCUUAUCCGACCUCGCCUACUGCACCGAUGGGCGGUUCUACAGACCAGCCAGGUUACACGUCGUUGGGGCCGUCGGAAGAGCCCAGCUCAGCGGAUUCGGUGGCCUCCAGCUUACUGCUGCCAUUGAUGUUAGCUAGCCUGCUUAUGGUUGUGAACAGAGAAAACUGAAAGUCAACGGUCAACUAUGAAUUGAGAUGGGAAUUCACUUGGUCAACUGUUUUGACUUUACAGAGGAAUUCGCCACGUGUCGGAUGAAGUGGGUCAUGUUCAGUAAAAUCAUUGUCAUAAUUCAUAUAUCUAUAUUGCUUUUAGAUCUAGUAGAAAAUAUACGUAGAAUUUAUAAAAAAAAAAAAAACAGAAGUAAUUUAUUGGGUUACUUCUUUCAAUUA